AUGUCUGGCAAGGCCGAACGCCUCAAGGAUGAGGGUUCUCGCCUUCAGGUGACGGCCGCAGGCGCAACGGCCGGCUUGAUCUCUCGCUUCGUCAUUGCCCCCCUCGACGUCGUCAAGAUCCGUCUCCAGCUGCAACACCACUCCCUCUCGGACCCCGUAAUCCACCAGCGCGGCCCCGAAAUCGUCGGCGGCGGACCCAUCUACAAGGGCACCCUCCCGACCAUCCGCCACAUCCUGCGAACCGAAGGUCUCACCGGUCUCUGGAAGGGCAACAUCCCCGCCGAGCUUCUCUACGUCUCGUACGCCGCCGCGCAGUUCACCACCUACCGCUCGAUAACCCAGUUCCUGCAAGUCACCUUCCCCAAAGACCAAAACAAACAGCUCCCCGCAUCAGUCGAGUCCUUCGUAGCCGGCGCUUCAGCAGGCGGCCUCGCCACGGCAGCUACCUACCCCCUCGAUUUGUUAAGGACCCGCUUCGCUGCACAGGGAGUCGAGCGCGUCUACCCUUCCCUCUACCAAGCAAUCAAAAACAUCUACGUCUCCGAAGGCCUGUCAGGCUACUUCCGCGGCCUAGGACCCGGAUUAGCGCAGAUUAUCCCUUACAUGGGCAUGUUCUUCUGCGUGUACGAGUUCCUUCGCCCGUCUUUGCAGAACCUCGAACUCCCCUUCAGCUCGGGCGGAGCGGUAGCGGGCGUUGUGGCAAGCGUGGUAGCCAAGACGGGCACGUUUCCGCUUGACCUGGUGAGGAAAAGGAUACAAGUCCAGGGCCCGACAAGGAGCUUGUAUGUGCACAAGAACAUACCCGUGUAUGAUGGGGGGAUAGUCAAGACGGUGGGGACGAUUGUGAGGAGGGAGGGCGUCAGGGGACUGUAUAGGGGGUUGACAGUUAGCUUGUUCAAGGCGGCGCCGGCGAGCGCGGUUACCAUGUGGACAUAUGAGAGGGCGCUGAGGUUUUAUGUUGGGCUUGGGGCCGUGGGGCCGGGGGAGGAACCAGGGUCUUAA